AUCUGUGGAGCUUGACAGCAGUGAGCGACAGAAAGCUACUUGCCAGCAGAUACACAAAGGGAGAGAGAGAGAGAGAGAGAGGAGCUGCAGCAGCUAUGGGGAUCAAACUGUACUACACCACUGUUACUGCCUCCCGGACGGUGAAGUCUCAACAGGCAGAAGUGAUUCGAAUCCUUGACAGUAAAAGCAUCCAGUACGAGCUCAUCGACAUCUCUGUGGGCGGGGAGCUUCGUGAUGAAAUGAGGAGCAAAGCGGGGGACCCCACGGCAGUCCCUCCCCAGCUUUUCAAUGAAGACCAAUACUGUGGGAACUACGAAAUGUUUUCCGAGGCGGUGGAAGCAGAUACAGUGGAACAGUUUCUGAAGAUGGCGUGAGGAGGGUGGAGUAUGCUUCUCCCCCAACCACUCCCCCACCCACCCACCCUGUGCCCUAUCAGAGGCCCUUUAUUCAGUCUCUCUCUGCACCACCGGCAGUGUCCACCCACUUUCAAUGCCAUAAUGAAGAAUGCCAAAUAUCUUGAAUCAAACUAAUCAGAAGACACACAUUCCCCCUACUGCACUCUAAAUCAGUCUUAAUCUUUUUAUUUUUUUUUAUUUUUAUGUGUCUUUUUCUGUUUUGUUCCUUUGAUUCCUGUCAGACUUUCUCCUCGUCUGACGGACCGGAGCUACAAAACGCUCCCGGUCCACGAGGAAUCAAUGGUGUGUCUAAAUGUGCGGUAAUUAGGUCGACUAAUCUCGGCCAAGGCCACAUGAUCGCUGGAGAUUAAACUAAUCCACUGGAUGACAACAUUCAACCCAGAAUCUUCCUGAUCCUCUGCAGACCAAACGCACCAUCAUCAGUCAGUCUUAACUACUUUGUCGUCUUUUUCUGUAGCCUUCAAGUUCCCAUGUUGUACACGACAGCGCACUAUUUGUACUUCACAUGGAUGCAAAUGCACACUGAAGUAGCAAGGAUGCAAAGUCCUUAAAACCCAGUUAAUGAAGAUUUAUAGCAGCUAAAAGACUGCAUUUUAGGUGCAGAUAACUUUUAGGUAGUUUGGUCCAUUGGUCUCCUUUUUGCAGUAAAGAGGUUAGCGCUUCUGAAGUGGGAAUUCACUGCAGCCUGCUGACGUUCCGACAAUCUGACCCAUUUGAAGGGGUAAUAAUGCACGAGGAUUCGAAAAGAUUUGUUAAAAAGUGACUUCAAUCAACCUACAUGUAGAAACCGUCAGUGUCAUUUUAAAGGUACCAUCAAGUUUUCUAUGUGCAAAAGGUCUACAUCGUUAAUGCAUUUUUAUGUGCAUUUUGAAAUAUCGGAGUAGGAAAUAUGAAAAACUGACAUUUUGUUUUUGACUUCUGGAACACAAAAUGUUCCUGAAUCAGAUCAUUAGAUUAUGAGUCUAAUGGACCAAACGUGGUAAAAAAGUUGAUGUACUCCUUAAACACAAUCAGUGUUCAGUAGAUAGCUGCUUUAUUUCCAGUAGAGCCAGAUGAACACAUUUCUUAACGUCACAUUUAUUUGGUGCCAAUCUGUAAUGCGCUUUUGCUGGUAGAUAUUCACUGUAGUGUUAGCACUUACCCGCCAUCUUCCACACUCUCCAUAAUUUUACUGUAUAACUUGAAAGCUUUACUUGCGGCACCCACGGGUGCUCCGCGUCGAUGACUGACCAGACGAAGAGAUGCCAAACACUGACCAUUUCAUAGUGUUGGAUGACAAGAUGUGAACGUUCUAGCUUUCAAAUGCGUAGCUUUCUCUCUCUCUCCACCGUUUGAUUUUCGUUACAGCUUCACUGAUUGUACGGGGCAUGAAGAUGCAGUAAUGUGACUAUGCACUGAAAACAUGCCUCAUUCUGAACACAGAAAGGGCGACGCUGGUGUGUUUAGAUGGACCUCACUCAGUCUUACCAGCCUUAGGGAACACUCACCACAUGGGAAAAAUGAAGGCUUCACUUAUUUGUGCUUUUUAUGUAUUUGCAUUCAUUCCAUGAAGUGAUCUCAGUUGAAAUGUAACUUUCAAGUAUUAGGUCUUUUCUUUUCUUUUUUUAAAUUUGAGAACAGCAUGAUUUCCCUCUCUCUGUCAACCCCCCCGCCCCCUCCUGCUAUCAUCAUUGUAUUGUUACGGUUUGAGAUCCACAGUAAUGACAGCCUUCACACACAAUGUCUGUGCACUGUUUUGAAGUCGAUGGUUGUAGAUGUUUGCCUGUUAUUGAUGUGUAUUCACUAUGAACCAUGGUUUAGACAUUCCAUGUCUCUCUCUCUCUGAGCUCCUGCUUUGCUUUUGGACCAAUUCCCCUUGGCCAAAAAAUGAAGAAAAUAGGGAAUAAAAUGCUGUUGUCUUCCAAGAAGAUUGUGAAAAGUGAUUUAUGGGUUAAAAAAAUAAAUGGAGUUGAAUCUA